CUUUCAACCUAAGCAGAUUAGUGGAGCCGCAUGAAGGACGCCGCCAGUUCGUUGCGCUUUCCGACGAAGAAGAUUUUGGACUCCAAAAUAGGACACUAAACCGCCUUUCAGCCACACGCGCUUCUUUACCCAGCCCACACCGGGCGGUGCGGGUGCAGCAGCCUCUAGCCUGGCGCUCCCGCAGGAAGACAGGCAGGAAGCAGCUGGGGGAGGAAAAAACAGAAGCCGUCGCCGCUGCAAAAAUGGGAGAGCCUGAGGAAUCUUAAAGGAAGCGCUUUUUUUUUCUACGACUAGGGCCCAGCUUUGCCUUGGUUUCCAUGACAGUUAUUAGGUAACAGAGAAAUUGAAUUGUCUCCCACAAUGCUCUGGAGAAAGAAGGGGGUGGGAGGAGAGGUUCCUUCCGUGACAAAGCAGUGGAGUUCUGACUUGCGGUAACUCGCCUCAGUGAGCAUUUCAAACUCCGUGGAUUAUUCUUUCUUCCUUUCUGUUCUUUUUUUUUUUUUUUUUUUGGCCGCUCUUCUUCGCUUAGGUUUGGGGCAGGGUAAGAAUUAAAAAAAAAAUUCCCGGGGAAAGAAGAUAUUCCCCUCCCCCCCUCGUGUCUCAGCUGCUAUUACACGCCACACAUACAUACAGACCCGCGCGCGCACACACACGCACACUUUUUUUAAAAAAAAAAUCUAACAACGCAAGGAUAUGCACAGUUAUCCAGGUGGGCUACUCGGAAGGAGCGAAGCUCGAAGGCGUCCAAUCAGGCUUUGGCAACCUGCAGCCCUGUCAAAAUGCCUCUCCAACAGAUCUCUGUAGUCCCAGCGCGGGAGACUGCCAGCAAUGGGAGAAGUUCAAUGGGCAGAAACAAAGAGAAGAACAAGGAAGUCGAGAAUGAUAAAUCUCCAGGUCGCUCAACAAGUCGAUCAAGUAACAUUUCAAAGGCAAGCAGCCCUACCACAGGGACAGCUCCCAGGAGCCAGUCACGGUUAUCGGUCUGCCCUUCUACUCAGGACAUCUGUAGAUCGCCAACCUUGCUUGAUAUUUCAGAAGAUAAGUUUGAAAUCUCAACCUCAGCCACAGUAGUGACUUCUGCUCAUAAGGAGUCUGGUAAGAAACAAUUGAAACGAAGGGUUAGGCGGCGAAAGGAGGCUGAAGAGACCAGAAAACAUGCAGAAAAGCAAAGGGAAGAGAAGGACAGCUAUGUGCACACCAAAAUUACAAAUACUGGGUGGAACCAUCUGCACAAUGCGUCGUCCGAUUCAUCAACUUCAGAUGAGACUGUCUGGGCCCUGGUUAGAAAGAGAGAGAGAGCCAGAAUGCCCAAAAGAAUGAGAAAAAGGACUAGCUCAAACACUCAACAAAGUGGGUCUUCCAAUAAGAACACCACUGAAGCUGUUGCUAUGCGGACAAAUGGAGAAGAAAAGCAAGAAGCAGCUGAGACUGAAGACCAUAUUUUAAAUUGCCAGCGGGGCAAACUUUCAGAAUGGAAAGAAACCUGCCAUUACCUGUCAUCGGUGUCUGCUGUGGAGGCAAGGAAGUCCUUGGGACAGUUUGGGAAAAGCAAGUGGAAAGACAAUCACAAGGAUCCUGAAGCUUCAGUUCACAUUAGGCAAGACAGAACGAGCAAAGAGGAAAGUGUUUCAGAGAGAGUCUCAGGCAGUGAUACUUCAUCAGUUCUAGGAAAUGGAGUACCUGCUGGGACAGGACCUGCUGCGACCAGUCCAGUUCAGAAACCUCCUGUGUUGUGUGAUGACUUGUCUGAUGAUUUCUCAGUGUGCAGGAUCUGUCACUGUGAGGGAGAUGAUGAAAAUCCCCUCAUCACACCAUGUCGCUGCACAGGAACCCUUCGUUUUGUUCAUCAAGCCUGUCUGCAUCAAUGGAUUAAGAGCUCAGACACACGAUGCUGUGAACUCUGCAAGUAUGACUUUAUAAUGGAGACCAAGCUCAAACCUCUUCAAAAGUGGGAAAAACUACAGAUGACAACAAGUGAGAGAAGGAAGAUAGUCUGCUCAGUCUCAUUCCACAUUAUUGCUAUUACCUGUGUAGUUUGGUCAUUGUAUGUUUUAAUAGAUCGGACUGCUGAGGAAAUAAAGCAAGGCAAUGACAAUGGUGUUCUGGAGUGGCCAUUUUGGACAAAACUGGUUGUGGUGGCUAUUGGAUUCACUGGAGGCCUCGUCUUCAUGUAUGUACAGUGUAAAGUGUAUAUACAGCUGUGGCGAAGGCUGAAGGCUUACAACCGAGUGAUAUUUGUUCAAAACUGUCCAGACACUGCCAAAAAAAUAGAGGAGAAAAAUUCUUCCUUUGUUCAAAAUACUGAAAUCAAAGAUGCUGUGGUGGUGCCAGUAACACAGACAGCUACAAACUCUCAGCAAUCCGGAGAGGAAACGGCUUCUGAUGUCAUGCCAGUUUGAUGGAAGCAUUGAAGAACAAGGCAACAUGCUUUCUUCUACUUAGCCACAGGAAAGGGCAAAACCGCUAAAUAUUUUUUAAUGAAGAGCAAGCAGAAAAAUAACGAGGAAAAUUGGUCAGAAGAAAUUACCUCUGGAAUGCAGUUGUGAAGUAAUUUUAUACCUUUCUGGCUAGGCACAGUGAAAAUGGAAAUGAAGAAAUUAUAGCAGAGACCCAGUAUGACAAUGGCCAAAAAGAACUGCACAUGGACAUAUUACAGGUGUUCUGUUUACAAGGAAGAAAACCCUUAUGUAUUUGCUACUAUGGUCUUUUGCUAAUUAUCAUACUCUUGAAUAUACACUUUAAAGCAAUUUUUAAAAAAAUUAUGAUUAAAUCUUUAAGAUCGUGUAAGAGACAUGCAUCAUAGCACAAAUUAUCUAAAUCUCCUAAUGUAAUAAUUUAAUUCUGAGGUGGUUUACUCAUAGCAUAUAUGGUUUGGAAGAAGUAUAAAAUAAAAACAUUCCUAAAAUAACAACUUUAAGCAUAGAUUUAAAAAUGGAGGAUUUGCAAAUCAGUAUCUUUGAACACAUUUUCCUUGGUCCCCUGUAUGCAGAUGUUUUGUCUCAAGGCUUCUUUGCAGGUUGCUGUAUUCCUCUGGAAUUGCAGCUAGGCUACAGGUUAAAGUACUAAAAUAGUGGGGGGGGGGGGGGACCUACCUCUAGCAUUAUUAUUUUAAAAGAUAAUGGGUUCUACAAUCAGAAGCAGUUAUAGACCAGACGAGUACUUUAGUUCACUGCAAAAGAUUGUAAAGCUGUUUCAGUACUUAUUUAUUAGUGUGUGAAAUAUGCAAAGGGUGGGAGGACUAAAGUAUGUUCUUUUGUUUCAAGAGAUCGGGAUAGAACAGAAACUGAGAAGUCUUGAAAGAGUUGAUGUAAGCAGCAUUACCAUGAUGCCAGUAUUUCUCUUGUCAGUUAAGAGGAUGUUGGAUACACAUGGUGUCUUCUGUACAGGGGGUAAUUGAGCCAUCAAGGGUUCAGUAGUUCAGUUGAUACUAUUGUGUUUUCAGUAUUUUUAUGUAAAACUGAAGUGUGACUAAUUUUUAAAAUGCAGCAGAUACCACUAUAAUGAUGUGCCCAGCAAGAAGAAUUUAUGCAAAAAAGUAUUGACAUCCCCUUUCAGAAAUAUGUACUUGAAAAUGUCUAAAUCAAAUAUCUUAAAAGGGAAAAAGUCGUAUAUAACACUGUUAAUGCUUGUUGAAUGUAUUGUGAGUUGUGCCUAAGUAAUGUAAUACAAGGGCAGUGUUACUAGUAAUGGAGAGAUUUAUGCUGGCAGUGGAUUAAAUGGAGUUGUUUCAAAGGACUAUAUUUCUUGCUGAAAAAUUUGAACCCACAGUAAGUUCUUGAUCCUGAAAAUGUGUGAUGGAUCUACUGACAGCUAGCAAAAGGCAAAAAGUAAGUGGGCUUUUCUCUGCAUAUUUCUGUGGAUGGGGACACUCAUUGUCAUCUCAGAAUCCUGUCUCAGGUUAAAAAUAUACUAACUAUAAGUUUAUUAAGGAAGACUUAACAAGAACUUUAUAAGUGUUGGAGAUCAUCAUUUAGUAGAAGUAAUAUAAUUGACCAGUCAUGACCAGAUAGAAAUGAUGAUUUUAACAAAAUGGUUAAUUGAAUUACCACAAGCGUAAACUAUUUGUGGAGUUCAGAACAAAAAGAAUUUAACAAAGUCAGGACAGAUCAAACAGAAGUAGGAUCAAACAGUUCAGAUCACUAUUGUAUGGUUUGUCUGUCUGACUAAGGAAUAUAGUUAUGGCAAUAACUGGCUUCCUGGGGGGAUAUUUCUGCCUAUUUAAACACUUUGACUAAAACAUUGCCUCACUUGGCCAAUUGUGGCACAACAGGAAGAGUUUAAAGUAGUGACUGGAUAUCAAAAAUGCAGUGCAAUUAACCCAACAAUGUAAGUGUAUUCAGACAGCCAGUUUUUCAGGUGAUAAUUUUAGCAAUCAUCACAAAAUAAGAGUUUAGAUAGAAUUGUAUGAAGAACUGUAAAAUGAUAAAAGCCUCAUUUAUUGUAAGUUUUCUAAUAGCCAUUAUUUAUUGGAUUCAUUCAAAACGUUGUGCCAAGGGGAUUCGUUUGUUGUUUGCUACAAAUCACCAUGCACUGCAAAAAUAAAGUCCUAAAGGAAUUGGAAGGGGCUUAGUCACUCAAUAUGACAACCUGUAAUUUCCAAGAGAAAUGAGUUUCACUUUGUUGUUUUAGUGUUUAAAAAAGGGACAAAACUCAACACAAGGUAGCUAAAGCAACUAUGAAGGAACUGCAGGUAUUUAAAAAAAAUAUAUAUAUACAAGUUGUUACACCAACUGCAGUACUAAGUCUUUUGUAGCCCCAGUUAGGGAGAUCUACCAUUUAAUAUGUCAGAAGUUACAUUAAAGCUGUUGAAAGUAUAAAUAGCUCCCCACACAUAAUGAUGAGAUUUAGUUAAACACAGAGGGUAGUGUUACAGUAACAUUAUUUUUUACGAAACUCUGCAGGGUUUCAGGGGCUUUCCCCUCAGGAUUAUUCUGUUCUGAGCAGAUCUAAAGCAACCUAUUGGUGCUAUUGCUAUAGCUGGAAAGCAGUGGAUAUUGUGGUUCUGAGAAGCAUAUGUCAAUACAUAUCCCCAUCAUCAAAUUAGGUGUCAGAUUCUGAUUCUUGCACUGCAAUGCAAUCUAUGAUGCAAAUAUUUUCCUGUGUAUGAUUGUUGGACCUACGAGUUUGUUACUUGUUUUUCCUGGUUCUCUUGCAAAAGAGCUUAGAUGCUUUUGUGGGUAACUUAUGUAUUAAAAGAUAUUUGGGUGGGGAAAAUCGUAAUAUAAACUACUAAUUGUUGUGGAAAAAAUGUAUUUGUAUUAAACAGAUGCCUCAAA